UGGCGAGGAACACCUGUUAUUCUGCUCUUUUUUUGGGCAGUUUUCAUCAAAAGUUAGUCGCUGAUAGUUAAACAGUGAGUAACCAAAACUUUAGUGUUAAACGGCGAAAAAAAAUUAUGAAUGAGCUUGCUUAUGGUUAUCAUAGUUACAGUUGGAUACACUGCGAUUGCGAUAACGAAGCAAAAAGAGCAGUAGCAGUUUAACAGGAGCAUGAUAACAGUAGUGGCAGAGCAGGAGCAGAGUAGCAUCAUAGGGUGGAUAGCCAAUCACGUGAAAUCUCCGAAUAUUACAAUGCAUUGUGGGUAGUGACCAGAGACCUUGGACCAACUCGACCGCCAUCGCCAUUUUAUGUUUUGGUUUUGUUCUGUCUUUCCUAUCUAUUUGUUUAUAAUCUGUCCUUUCUCCUUUGCAAACUGGUCUGACGUGUCAUCAACAAAACCGUGUCGUGCAUGUGAAAUUUUCAUUAUUUCUCCUUUUUUAACCCUUUUAACCGAUUGAAAAUAAUUGUGCUAAUCUAGUUGAAAGUUCUAACAUAGGUCAAGCCUUCCUUCAGUUCUACCGGUUUAAUCGCCCACAUCAAUUACUCUUAAUGUUUUGAAUCCUUAUCACCAAAUUUUAGUGUCAAGCACUCCUAAAAAAGUCUAAAUUUUGAUUAUCAAUCUCGUUUUUCACUCCAGGUGAUUCAUUCCGAUUUUGUUUUCCUCCUUUUUUUGCACUAAACUUUUGUAGCAGUACCAUGUCUGACUGGGAAGUAGUCGGUGGCAAGCACAAGAAAGAGAAGCCGUCCAACAAGAAAAACGCUAAGAAGGAGACUCAAAAGUUUCUGGACAAGGCUCCAAAGAUUGAGGAUAUACAUGGCGAAACCUACCUAAGCAAAUGAUACAGUUAAAUAUCAACCUCGGAUUCCUCCAUCUGAUUGUGCAUGAUGAAGAGACACAAGCCAAAAGAAAGUAAUAUCUGGCACCAUUUUAAAGAAACUCAAGAGGAUGGCAAAGCGACAUGCAACAUUUGUAAGAAAGUGCUAUCUUAUAAGACCACCAUAACCAAUCUAAAGAAACAUAGGAAAGUUUUGUAUCCUACAGUUCCCCUGCGAGAAGAAGAGCCUGUUCCCAAGGAAAAAAAUGCUGGAAGUAGUAGUGGAAGUGGAGGAGGUUGUGAGGCAAGUGCAGGUAUUAUUAACAUAGACGAGGAAGAAGAUGCAGAUGAACCACUGGAGCAAGAAUCUCGACCUUCUACUUCUGGCAUACCAUCAAGAUGCCCUGAAAAGCCCUCCGGUUCUACCAGUACAGCUUCCAAUGCUGAAGCGUCUGUCAGCACACCCGCUGCUCCCAAAUCCCCCCAUACUGUUCAACCUUCCAUCAAAAAAUUUAUACCGGGAAAAUUUGGGCUCCUAGACAAGAAAGUUUUAGACAGGAAAAUAAUGAAUGUUUUAAUUAAAGACUAUCGACCGUCCUCGACAUUUCACUGCAGCGGCAUGAAGGAACUUAUAAAUUAUAUGGCCCCAGAUUAUGUAAUUCCAAUUGCUAAACACUUCCCUGUCACGCUCUUAGACGCCAUUUAUAAUGAGUGCAUAGAUAAUAUCAUAAAAAAAUUAGAAAAUAUUGAUAGUUUAUCAAUCGCGACUGAUCAUUGGACCUCAAAAUAUGGAAAGAAGACUAAUUUUAUUGGCGUUACAGCCCAUUACAUUGAUUCAGACUUCGUUUUUCAGCACAAUGCACUUGAGGUCAUUCAAUUCAGAGGCCGACAUGACAGUGAAAACAUUGCUAGAGCACUGAAAGAUAUUUUGAUUAACAAUUGGCAUAUUUUUCACAAAAUUUUGAUUUUUACCACAGACAAUGCUGCAAACAUUGUCAGGGCAACAAAAAUAUGUCUAGAAAAAAAACACCUCGAAUGUUUUGGGCACAAAAUAAAUAUUUCUGUGGUCAACUCUUUUCCUCUGAAAGAUCUUGAAAGUUUGCCAGCGCGAGAAGAAGGACAGGAAGAAAAUGAAGACGAUGGAAUAGAAGAAGCAACAGAUAAUGAUGACGAUUUUAUUUUUGAAGAAGACGAGCUCGAGAAUGCACCUGAAAGUGGUCCUAACAUUGUUCUCGUUGCAUUUCAAAAAAUGAAAACAAUUGUCAAUUACAGCAAAAGGAGUCCUCAGUUUGUCGAGAAACUGUUUGAUAAUCAAAAAAUUUUGGGCAUCAGAAAUCCUCUUGUACUGAUACAGAGUGUAAAAACCAGAUGGAACUCCAUUUACUACAUGACAAAAAGGUUCCUUCAUUUAAAGCAACCCAUUCAGAUUACGUUGGCGACUACAACUGCUGUAAAACUUGAAGCAUUGACAGAUGAUGAGUGGCUUGUGCUGGAAGAGGUGUGCGAAUUAUUGGAGCCCCUCGAAGAAGUGACAACAGAACUGAGUUCCCAGAACUACGUGUCAGCCAGCAAAAUUAUCCCUGUGACGAACGGUCUUGUCUCUGUACUCCAAGAUAAAAUUGCAAAAAAUCGAGCGAGUCAUGUAAGAAUGUUUGCGGAAAAAUUGCUUCAGCAGUUGAAAGUUCAGUUCGUCAGCUAAUGUUCUUAUUUUUACCCAUCUCCCACCAAAUAUUCACAAAUCUCAAAGACUUCUCCCUGAAAGACAAUUUCUGUACCUGCCAGCAGCGCUGUGCAGCGCUACCUGGCCGAACCGAUCCUUAACAGAGAAGAUCGGCAGCACUUCAGUUUCGCACAACUUCAGUUUCGCACAGUUUUUAUAAAUGCACGAUGUAGCAACAUUGCAAGCCCUCAAAUGACACUAAAAAUGACACAAUUAAAGAAAUAGAAAAAGAAAUGAGAAAAAGAUAAAAGUUGACUCACCAGUUAGGUGUGAUGCGGAUUUUCGACUUUAUAGGUCCAGGUAGAUAGGAUCGUCUGGAGAUCGCCAAUCUGGAUCGUCUGGAUCGUCUGGAGAAAUAUCUAGAUCGUUCUCGAAGGCGGCUGGACCGUUUUCUUUAGAGUUUUUUGGCUGUUUAAAAGGGAAUAGUUUCUUUUCAUCGCCAACAACUUGUAGAAAUUGUAAAGUAUUGAAAUACUUAUAAGUAUAGUAAGCGUGAGUAGCGAUUAUGAUGUUUUCCUCCAAUUUUAUUUGCUGUGGCCUUCGUUGAAAAGUCUCUUUUUGGAGGACCGAAUUUAUUUUUAACUUUAUCAUACUUUGAUUCUGCUUGAUACUGCCUACUACAGCGUGUAUAUUCGGAUGCGAAUGGUAGAAUUCCAUCUGCAGUUUACUAUUAUAGCUCUCUACGGCGUUAGUAGUUUUUGGUACACAUUCUGUUAAAGGGCACGCCCAUAGAGUAGGUGGAUAGCUCGUCGAAUCAAUGUAAUUUUUUUUUACAUAGUUGGCAAAUUUUUUGCAUUCUUCAUGAGGGGGGGUGAUACUGCAGUUUACCGAAUGCGGACGGAACAUCUUCCGGUUUUAGAUACUUAGGAUAAAGAAAAAAAUAACGUGAGCCAUUGUUUGAUGUGUUGUACGUCUGGAUUAUCUGAUGUUUUUGAGUAAUAUGCGUACCUUAACUUUGGCAUCCGGUGAAUCUUUUUCUCUUAAAAUUCACGUUAAAAACCUGCUACAUACGACACGCUAACCCCGCGCGAAUGACCGGCGAGAGCACACUGACUUCACCUGAAAAUUAGGUGCUCAAUCAGAUCAACUGAGUGAUGAUACGGAGAUAGCGUAUAAGAGUUACGGGCGCGGCGAUCGUCAGUGCUCUACUCUUGCAUCAGUGAUAAGCGGGCGAGAUGUGUGAGAUGAGGGAGUUGUAAUCUAAAUAAUUGUCCUAAACACUCAGAUUCUUCACGCAUAGCUGUCAAAUCGUGCAUUUAUAAAAACUGUGCGAAACUGAAGUUGUGCGAAACUGUAGUGCAGCCAGAAGAUCCUAAAAGCGACCCUUGUCGUUGGUGGGGGCGGCACAAGCGUCUGUAUCCGCAUCUGAGUGAGUUAUUUAGAACAAAAACCUGCGUAACAGCCACAUCGGUGCCAUGUGAAUGCCUCUUUUCCAAAGAGGGUAUGAUUUUGACGCAACGCCGAGCAAGAAUGAGUAAUGACAAAGCCAGUAAACUUGAAUUUUUGAAGAAUAACAUGUAGGUCAAGACUGAGCUAGGUACCGACUUAUGUACCUACCAUUCUCUAGUUGAUUGUCGCAGUAUUACCGUAUCAUUCCCUCCUUUUAUCAUGGACUGCCUUUAACUUAAGGCAUGUAUUUUUCAUUGAUCUCCUAUCACUGCCCUUUUUUGAUGUAUUGUACUACAUUUGUUCUUAUUUUGCCAGCAACAUUCCUAAUUUUCUUAAGAUUGAGCUACCUGGUACAAAUUUGUGUUUUUCCUAAAAGUCUUUAAGAAUAGUUGUUCUAAUUAAUGCAAAAUAAGAAAAGUCUCUAUUUUCUACUUUCAUCUGCCUUUACUUAAAGUUGUAUUUAAGGUUUUGAGACUUUUCGUCCCUUUUUUUUGAGGCCAUAAGGUACUCUUGUUGUCAUUGUGAUAGUACAGUCUUUAUUUUAAGCUUAAAUGACCUGUUAAUUUUUGUUACCGAGAAACUUUGAAUCUAGUUAUUGUUCUUUGUUCUUUAUAAUAAUGAGAGCCUUCUUUUAAAUUUUUCUCUCAAAAAGGCUGAUUUUAUGCACUGACGGAUUGUGUGCCUUGUGUUCAAGUAGGAGGUAGGUAUGAAGGAUUACCUAGCCCUGUUGAGAAUUCUCCUAGAUUUUUUGGAGGAUGUGCACUACUCUUGUUCUCAUUAUUUCUAAGAUUGAGCCGCCUGGUCCAAAUUUUUGUUUUUCCGAAAAGACUUUAAGAAUAGUUGCUGUUUUAAUUAAUGCAAAAUAAUGAAAGUAUCUAUUUUCUACUUUGAUCUGCCUUUACUUAAAGUUGUAUUUAAGGUUUUGAGACUUUUUGUUCCCUUUUUUUUGAGGCCAUUUGGUACUCUUGUUGUCAUUAUGAUAGAAACAUCUCUUUAUAAUAAGCUGAAAUUACCUGUUAUUUUGACAAUGUUACCUAAGAAUUAACGUAAAUGUUUCAAAAUGAGAUUUAAUACCUGUUUUUUGGUUUGUUCUAAUUAAGUAUUCGAAAAUAAAUUGAAUUCAUAAUGUUUCAUAAUAAA